UCAGCCUUCAUUGUUUUGCUGAGUCUAUAUCCUUUAUGUUGGUGAAAAUCCCUGCAUUUCACAAUCUUAUCUUAUGUCCCGGUGCCUGGAAACCGGAGGAAGACUUUGACAAAAUGUCAGAUGAUGAAGGAGCUUACGUCAAGCGUGCCAAAGUGGUACAUUAUGGUGCAAUCGAUGAACAGAUUCGAAGCCGUGGGUUUACUACCAUGGGCCAGUCUGCCCUCGAUGCUGGCAUCAAAGCAGGCAACAUCAAUGUUUCCAACUCUGCUGAUGUCAUGGACAUGGAGGAAGAAAUCAGAAGCAGUAAAAAUGAACUUUUGGAAGAGUUUGAAAAAAGGAAACGGGCAAGACAAAUCCAAGUUUCCACUGAUGAUGGUGAAGUAAAAGUCAAUCUAAGAAAAUAUGGAGAACCAAUUUGUUUAUUUGGUGAAGGACCAGCUGAUAGGAGAGAAAGAUUACGCCAGUUGUUGGCAUCGCUAGGUGAAGAUGUCUGGAAGAAGAAGGAGGCUGAGGAGAAGAAGAAGGAGAAGAAGGAUGAGGAUAACAUCACAUGGUAUCACCAAGGACCCCGGUCACUCCAAGACGCUAGGCACUGGAUCGCUAAGUAUUCCCUGCCAAAAGCUCAGUUGAGGAUACAACAAUCACGGACAAAAAAAGCCAUCCCAUCUGCCCAAGCCAAUGCACGAACUCAGGAGCUUCAGAAAAAAAUCAGGUCCUUGUCGAUUGAGUGCAGUCAAAUUGGUGAUAACCGACCACUGUCGUUUUGCCAGUUCAGUCCCAACAGUGAGAUGUUGGUCACUGCAUCAUGGAGUGGCCUGUGUAAACUCUGGUCCAUACCAGAUUGCGAACCUAUCAGGACCCUGAGAGGCCACAAUUGUCAAGUCGGGGCCAUCGUAUUUCAUCCACAAGCGAGCUUAUCAAUGGAUAAUUCGGAGUGUUGUAUGGCCUCUUGUGCCCAGGAUGGGUCGGUCAAGUUGUGGAGUCUUGACAGUGAUGAACCAAUUGCAGACAUUGAAGGCCACGCUCCAUACAGAGUCUCCAGAUUGAGAUAUCAUCCCUCGGGACGGUUCCUGGCUACUUGUUGCUGGGACAAUUCCUGGAGAUUAUGGGAUCUUGAAGUGGCAGAAGAAAUCCUUCACCAGGAAGGACACAGUAAGCCUGUCUAUGAUAUAGCAUUCCAGGGAGAUGGAGCAUUGGCCGUCACUGGUGGGUUAGAUGCGUUUGCCAGAGUUUGGGACCUACGAACUGGUCGUUGCAUUAUGUUUAUGGAAGGUCAUCUCAAGUCAGUUCUUUCAGUUGAUGUCUCUCCAAAUGGAUAUCACAUUGCUACCGGGAGCGAAGACAACACAGCCAAGAUUUGGGACCUCAGGCAGCGAAAAUGUGUUUACACCAUACCAGCACAUACAAACAUUGUCUCUGGAGUUAGAUUUCAGCCGGAAACAGGGAACUACUUGAUCACAGCAUCGUACGAUAACACUGUUAAAGUUUGGGCGCAUCCAAUCUGGACGCCGCUAAAGACACUCGCAGGACACGGAGGAAAGGUCAUGGCCAUUGACAUCUCGCCAGACAAACAGUACAUUGCAUCAGCAUCGUACGACAGGACAUUCAAAUUGUGGGCACCGGAAACUACAUGAUGAAGGAAUAUGGCUUGUUCCUGUUAUUGUGUAUGGACUUUAAGUUUGAGACACUGCCAGUGAGAAACAAGUCACAACUUGUUAGGAUUGUGAUUACUCAAUGGGAUUUCUUUCAUGGGAGAAUUCAGUAGGGAGGAGUCAGUACCGGAAUCUUGAACCCGAUAUGUCAAAUUAGAGAUGUAUAAUGACUUCAUGUUGUCAUUAGGUAUAAGAAUUUUUCUCUAAUAAACAACUUUUAAAGCA